AUGCGUGUGUCAGGGUGCCCCCUAGUGGAACUGCAGCGUUUCCUCGAAAGCCAUUCCGUCCAGGAGUUAAGGUGGCCGCUGCCCGCCCGGGGACACUUUCUCAGUCCAGCCCACCGGCGUUUACCCCAGCCAACGACCUGUUGCCUUUGGCCGCCUGCCAAGUCACUCUCAUUACAGUUUCCUUUUCCUUUUCGAUUCCGCCCCCUAAAAACAACAACAAACAUUCUGUUUCGUUUCCCACUCGAGCUGCAGGCCCCGCCCCCAAACAGCACGUGGGGGGCGUGGCGUCCCGGCUGGGGCGCAGUAGCGGAGGCUGCAGUUCCCCGACGCCACGCAGCUGCGCGCAGCUGUUUCCCGCUCUGCCGCGGGACGCCUGAGGCAGUGGGCGCGCUCAGUCCCGGGACACCGCGUUCUCUCUCGCCUCUGGGCCUGGGACCCCGCAAAGCGGCGAUGGAGCGGAGGUCGCGGAGGAAGUCGCGGCGCAACGGGCGCUCGACCGCGGGCGCGGCCGCCGCGUCCCAGCCCGCGAAGUCUCCAGGCGCGCAGCUCUGGCUCUUCCCCAGCGCCGCGGGCUUCCACCGCGCGCUGCUCAGGAGGGCUGAGGUGACUCGCCAAAUCUGCUGCUCGCCGGGGCGCCUCGCGGUCUUAGAGCGCGGCGGGGCGGUCGUCCAGGUUCACCAGCUGCUCCCCGGGAGCGGCGGCGCCCGGACGCCGAAAUGCAUUAAAUUAGGAAAAAACAUGAAGAUACAUUCCGUGGACCAAGGAGCAGAGCACAUGCUGAUUCUCUCAUCAGAUGGAAAACCAUUUGAGUAUGACAACUAUAGCAUGAAACAUCUAAGGUUUGAAAGCAUUUUACAAGAAAAAAAAAUAAUUCAGAUCACAUGUGGAGAUUAUCAUUCUCUUGCACUCUCAAAAGGUGGUGAGCUUUUUGCCUGGGGACAGAACCUGCAUGGGCAGCUUGGAGUUGGAAGGAAAUUUCCCUCAACCACCACACCACAGAUUGUGGAGCACCUCGCAGGAGUACCCUUGGCUCAGAUUUCUGCCGGAGAAGCCCACAGCAUGGCCUUAUCCAUGUCUGGCAACAUUUAUUCAUGGGGAAAAAAUGAAUUUGGACAACUAGGCCUGGGCCACACUGAGAGUAAAGAUUAUCCAUCCCUUAUUGAAGCACUAGACAAUCAGAAAGUUGAAUUUCUCGCUUGUGGUGGCUCUCACAGUGCGCUGCUCACACAGGAUGGGCUGCUGUUUACUUUUGGUGCUGGAAAACAUGGGCAACUUGGUCAUAAUUCAACACAGAAUGAGCUAAGACCCUGUUUGGUGGCUGAGCUUGUUGGGAAUAGAGUGACUCAGAUAGCAUGUGGAAGGUGGCACACACUUGCCUAUGUUUCUGAUUUGGGAAAGGUCUUUUCCUUUGGUUCUGGAAAAGACGGACAACUGGGAAACGGUGGAACACGUGACCAGCUGAUACCGCUUCCAGUGAAAGUAUCAUCAAGUGAAGAACUCAAACUUGAAACCCAUACCUCAGAAAAGGAGUUAAUAAUGAUUGCUGGAGGGAAUCAAAGCAUUUUGCUCUGGAUAAAGAAAGAGAAUUCCUAUGUUAAUCUGAAGAGGACAAUUCCUACACUGAAUGAAGGGACUGUAAGGAGAUGGAUUGCUGAUGUGGAGACUAAACGGUGGCAGAGCACAAAAAGGGAAAUCCAAGAGAUAUUUUCAUCUCCUGCUUGUCUAACUGGAAGUUUUUUAAGGAAAAGAAGAACUACAGAAAUGAUGCCUGUUUAUUUGGACUUAAAUAAAGCAAGAAACAUCUUCAAGGAGUUGACCCAAAAGGACUGGAUUACUAACAUGAUAACCACCUGCCUCAAAGAUAAUCUGCUCAAAAGGCUUCCAUUUCGUUCUCCACCCCAAGAAGCUUUAGAAGUUUUCUUCCUUCUCCCAGAAUGUCCCGUGAUGCAUAUUUCUAACAACUGGGAGAGCCUUGUGGUUCCAUUUGCAAAGGUUGUUUGUAAAAUGAGUGACCAGUCUUCACUGGUUCUGGAAGAGCAUUGGGCAACUCUGCAAGAAUCCACUUUCAGCAAACUGGUCCAGAUGUUUAAAACAGCCGUGAUAUGCCAGUUGGAUUACUGGGAUGAAAGUGCUGAGGAGAAUGGUAAUGUUCAAGCUCUCCUAGAAAUGUUGAAGAAGCUGCACAGGGUAAACCAGAUGAAAUAUCAACUACCUGAAAGUAUUUUCCAAGUAGAUGAACUUUUGCACCGUCUCAAUUUUUUUGUAGAAGUAUGCAGAAGGUACUUGUGGAAAAUGACUGUGGACACUUCAGAAAAUGUAGAAUGCUGUGUCAUAUUCAGUCACUUUCCAUUUAUCUUUAAUAAUCUGUCGAAAAUUAAACUACUACAUACAGACACACUUUUAAAAAUAGAGGGUAAAAAACAUAAAGCUUAUCUUAGGUCGGCAGCAAUUGAGGAAGAAAGAGAGUCUGAAUUCGCUUUGAGGCCCACGUUUGAUCUAACAGUCAGAAGGAAUCACUUGAUUGAGGAUGUUUUGAAUCAGCUAAGUCAAUUUGAGAAUGAAGACCUGAGGAAAGAGUUAUGGGUUUCAUUUAGUGGAGAAAUUGGGUAUGACCUCGGAGGAGUCAAGAAAGAGUUCUUCUACUGUCUGUUUGAAGAGAUGAUCCAGCCGGAAUAUGGGAUGUUCAUGUAUCCUGAAGGGGCUUCCUGCAUGUGGUUUCCUGUUAAGCCUAAAUUUGAGAAGAAAAGAUACUUCUUUUUUGGGGUUCUGUGUGGACUUUCCCUGUUCAAUUGCAAUGUUGCCAACCUCCCUUUCCCACUGGCACUGUUUAAGAAACUUUUGGACCAAAUGCCAUCAUUGGAAGACUUGAAAGAACUCAGUCCUGAUUUGGGAAGGAAUUUGCAAACACUUCUGGAUGAUGAAGGUGAUAACUUUGAAGAAGUAUUUUACAUCCAUUUUAAUGUGCACUGGGACAGAAACGACACAAACUUAAUUCCUAAUGGAAGUAGCAUAAUUGUCAACCAGACUAACAAGAGAGACUAUGUUUCUAAGUAUAUCGAUUACAUUUUCAACGACUCUGUGAAGGCGGUUUAUGAAGAAUUUCGGAGAGGAUUUUAUAAAAUGUGCGACGAAGACAUUAUCAAAUUAUUCCACCCCGAAGAACUGAAGGAUGUGAUUGUUGGAAAUACAGAUUAUGAUUGGAAAACAUUUGAAAAGAAUGCACGUUAUGAACCAGGAUAUAACAGUUCACAUCCCACCAUAGUGAUGUUUUGGAAGGCUUUCCACAAAUUGACUCUGGAAGAAAAGAAACAAUUCCUUGUAUUUCUUACAGGAACUGACAGACUACAAAUGAAAGAUUUAAAUAAUAUGAAAAUAACAUUUUGCUGUCCUGAAAGUUGGAAUGAAAGAGACCCUAUGAGAGCACUGACAUGUUUCAGUGUCCUCUUCCUCCCUAAAUAUUCUACAAUGGAAACAGUUGAAGAAGCGCUCCAAGAAGCCAUCAACAACAGCAGAGGAUUUGGCUGACCAGCUUGCUUGUCUAACAGCCUUAUUUUUGUUGUUGUUAUUGUUGUUGUUGUUGUUGUUUCUCUACUUUGUUUUGUUUUAGGCUUUUAGCAGCCUGAAGCCAUGGCUUUUCGUUUCUGUCUCUAGUGAUAAGCAGGAAAGAGGGAUGAAGAAGAGGGUUUACUGGCCGGUUAGAACCCGUGACUGUAUUCCCUCCCUUGGAUAUCCCUAUGCCUACAUCAUAUUCCUCACCUCUUUUGGGAAAUAUUUUUCAAAAAUAAAAUAACUGAAAAAUUAACAUAAAA